AUCUCGCCCUAAGGAGCCUAGUCCUCACUCCUUGGUCCUUUGCCUCAACUUCUACCUCAGGAAUCUUCUUGAAUCAUUGCUUUCUCCACAAUUUGCAUCUCCUCUUCUCACACUGGUUGGUUUACAAUGCCUUUGCAGGAUUGUCUGAUGAAGAGAGGUGGGAAAUUUUGGUCUGAAGCCCACCCAAGUUUUGGGUUGGGAGUUAGGACUGCCCUGGCCCGUCAAAAAUGGAAAUGCAAAUAUAUAUACCCUUGUUUUCUUUGCCUGACAUGAGUGUGUCCUAGGUCUUUAUCUUUUUCUUGCUUUCCAGUUUCCCCUCCUGCAACCAAGCGAAUCUCUGGGAGGACGGCGACGACGCUCCGCCGCCGACGCUAUGAAACGAUCAAUUGAGGAAGACAUCAGCACCACCAUCGCCUCCACCACCACCACCAACAUGAAAAAGCCCGUCUUCUUGACCAAAGCCCAGCGCGAACAGUUGGCCCUUCAACGUCGCCAGGAAGAAAUCGCCGAACAGAAGCGCUGUGCUGAACAACAGCUACUCCAAGCCCACUCCUCCUCCGCCAACAACUCCUCCCACACCGCCUCCACCAACAAACCUUCAGACCCCUCUCUGGACAGCCGCCACCACCGCUCUUCCAGAGACCGAGACCGGGAUCGCGAUCGCGAUCGCGACCGUGACCGGGGCCAGGACCGUGAUUCAGAGCGGAGAAACCGCGAUCGGGAACGCGAGGAAGAGGCCAAGGUUCGGGAGCUCGCUCGCUUAGAGAAGCUAGCUGAGCGGGAGCGAGAGAAAGAGCUUGAAUCCAUCAAGGAACAGUACCUUGGAUCCAAGAAACCUAAGAAAAGGGUUAUUAAGCCUAGCGAGAAGUUCCGAUUUUCCUUCGAUUGGGAGAACACUGAAGACACCUCCCGCGACAUGAAUUCACUCUACCAAAAUCCUCACGAGGCUCAGCUCUUGUUCGGAAGGGGGUUUCGUGCUGGCAUGGAUCGCCGUGAGCAGAAAAAGCUCGCCGCCAAGAACGAGAAAGAAAUGAGAGAGGAGAUUCGCAACAAAGAGGGCGUUGAGGAGAGACCGGAGGAGGCUGCAGCUCAGAGGCAGAAGGAACAAGCCGCCGAAUUGUAUGAUACUUUUGAUAUGAGAGUGGAUCGCCACUGGACAGAAAAGAAGCUCGAGGACAUGACUGAGAGGGACUGGAGAAUUUUUAGGGAGGAUUUCAAUAUAUCUUACAAGGGCUCUAAGAUUCCCCGCCCUAUGAGGAGUUGGGUGGAGAGCAAAUUGAGUCCUGAGCUGCUCAAGGCCGUGGAGAGGGCUGGCUAUAAGACUCCUUCCCCUAUUCAGAUGGCAGCUAUUCCUCUCGGACUGCAACAACGCGAUGUGAUUGGGAUUGCUGAAACUGGUUCUGGUAAGACUGCUGCAUUUGUUCUUCCCAUGCUGACUUACAUUUCUAGACUCCCUCCCAUAAGCGAGGAGAAUGAAGCUGAAGGGCCUUAUGCUGUUGUAAUGGCCCCUACGCGAGAACUUGCACAGCAGAUUGAGGAUGAAACUGUUAAGUUUGCCCAUUAUUUGGGUAUCAAAGUGGUUUCUAUUGUAGGUGGUCAGUCCAUUGAAGAGCAAGGGUUUAGGAUCAGGCAAGGGUGUGAGGUUGUAAUUGCAACGCCUGGGCGUUUAAUUGAUUGCUUGGAGAGGCGUUAUGCUGUUUUGAACCAAUGCAAUUAUGUUGUUCUGGAUGAGGCUGAUCGCAUGAUUGACAUGGGUUUUGAGCCACAAGUGGUGGGUGUUCUGGAUGCAAUGCCUUCAAGCAAUUUGAAGCCAGAGAAUGAAGAUGAAGAGCUUGAUGAGAAAAAGAUAUACCGGACCACUUAUAUGUUCAGCGCAACAAUGCCACCUGCUGUGGAACGGCUUGCAAGGAAGUACCUAAGAAAUCCUGUGGUUGUCACAAUUGGCACUGCUGGAAAGGCCACUGACCUGAUCACUCAGCAUGUUAUUAUGGUGAAGGGAUCAGAGAAAAUGCCUAAGUUGCAGAAGUUGCUGGAUGAACUUGGAGAUAAGACAGCAAUUGUGUUUAUCAACACUAAAAAGUCUGCAGAUACUCUUGCCAAGGGUUUGGAUAAGGCAGGCUACCGAGUGACAACUUUGCACGGUGGAAAGUCACAAGAGCAGAGGGAAAUUAGCCUUGAAGGUUUUAGGACCAAGAGAUAUAAUGUUUUGGUUGCAACAGAUGUGGCUGGGCGUGGGAUUGAUAUCCCUGAUGUUGCUCAUGUUAUAAACUAUGACAUGCCUGGGAAUAUUGAGAUGUACACACAUCGUAUUGGACGGACAGGCCGUGCAGGGAAGACAGGGGUGGCCACGACAUUCUUGACUCUGCAUGAUUCUGAUGUCUUCUAUGACCUCAAGCAGAUGCUCAUUCAGAAUAAUAGUCCCGUGCCUCCCGAACUAGCAAGACAUGAGGCUUCAAAAUUCAAACCAGGAUCAAUUCCUGACAGACCACCUAGACGCAAUGACACAGUUUUUGCACACUGAGCAAUUUCAAAUUUCCCAUGCCACUUUAGUGAUAAGUCUUGACUUAAUUUGCCAUAUUUUGGCGUUUUAGCAGAUUAAACCAACAAGCACAGUGAAAUGAGUUUGCUUCUUGAUUGGAAUAGAAGUGUCUGUAAUGUGAUAACAAGAAAUCCAGAGUGCUGAAAGUGGUGGAUGAAGCUAGUACUUCUGUGGUAUAGCUGCUGCUAUGCCACUGUUGCCAUCUAAUUCAAGGACCUUCAUAAUGAUAUUGAUUGAGAAUUUGCUAUUAUCCCUUAUUUUCUUUUUGUUCAUUUAUGCUGAAGUUGAUUUAAAGGGAUUAAUUUUUAUUU